GUUUCCCGCGUCCCCAAAGUAUUUCAGAGGCGUAAAAACAGAGGAAGUUCGCUGCAAGUGGCGGUACCUGUUCGUAGACGUUCUAAGGAGCGCAUCCGACCGAGGUUGAAGAAGCGGCUCUUGCUUGAGCAGUGUUUCAGAGGCAGAACAAUAAUGGGGCGGAAAACUGGAUGUCGACCUCCGGAUCUUUGGGCUCGGAAGAACAUGCAACGGAUGUGGAAGCGGGGCAUAAUUAAAAAGAGAAAAUUGGCAAAUGGUUAUUGCUUUAAAAAAAACACGUCGCCAUCAUCAAGCAUAGUUGUGAUGAUCAAUUCCAAAGAUGCGAUUCCUCCACAUCCGCUAAGCUUUUCAGAAAAAGAAGCAGAAGCUCGUGCCGUGACCGAUCAAGAGUAAAGCCAUAUCCAUCACACAAGUAGGCAACAAUUUCCAUUCUAUCUUGUAACUUAAACUUUGCCACAUUGCUUAAACUUGUCUCUGUCUCUUAUGCCCCG